AGUGCGUCGCAGAGAUCCAGGGGGCUGUCAGAGAGAUACUACUGUGUCCUGCAGCUCUCUGCUCCGUAAUUAUGUGGCUCAGUUACUGCUUUUUAUAACACCAAAUGGUCGUUUUUAUCCACACGGAUUCACCGAGUCACCUACUACCGGUGUUUCGGAGACGAUUUUUUCGGAAAUGUGUUCUUAAAUUGACUGCUAGUUAGCUGGUUGCUUGGCUUCCGGGGUAGCGUGCGGUUUAUGGUGUUUUGAUAAUUGGGAUCCCCUGGCUCAAAGCUCAGACUAAAUUUACUCAAAGUGUUCCCUUCUCAGCGAUUCAUCCAGGUUGCACGGUAGGAAAGAUGGAAUCGCGCUUCGCUCCUGCUAGUCCGCUAAGCGUCGCCUUUAAAAGCAGGCCCGACGGGAUCCCCGGGUUUUCCUCGCUAACGCUACCCGACAUGAACGGUAAAAACUCGCACUGCAGGAAUCUGUUCUCCCCCGGACCAGAAACAGUGUUGUCCCCGGUCACCAAUUUGGCUCUGGACAUGAACAAAUUAGUGGGACUUGGAAGCCAAUGUGAUACCCCAAAAAGGAGAAAAUAUCAGCUGGAGAAGGUUCCCUCUUUUGCCUCAGACGUCUCAUCUGAUGCUGGCCUUGGCUUAGAUUUCCCCAGUCCUGUGGAUGGGGAAGUGGAAGAUGCGUUUGAAAAAGCCAUUCAGCAGUCACAGCGAAUUGUCAACGAGAAGAUGCCAAUUAGAAGAAUCAACUCAUUGCCUCCUCAGCUCCUGGGUUUAAGUCCGGCUUUAAAAGGACAGGAGACAGACUCCAACCGCUAUGGAAUAUUCGGCCAGCAACCUCCACAAGUGAACCCCUCUGUCUCACAACUCGACAACAAGGAGAAUCUUCCAGAGGAUUUCUUUGAAUUCAAGAAACCAUCCAAGCCUGCGUCCCGCUGCCGCAUGCGCUCCCUCCAUGGUGGUCAUUCGAAGGAAGCCUUUGCUGCCCGCCCCAGCUCUGCUCCGGCACUCAUGUUUGCUUCACCUUCUCGAACCCAGCCGCUAGAAUUUGACUCCAGCCCUGUGUUUCUGAGGCGCUCCUCCCUCACCUCCUCUCUAAACGAUGAUGAAGAUGAUGGCUUUUUGGAUGUUCUUGAUGAUCACAUGGAGGAUGAUUCUGGGAUGCCCACAGGAAUGGCGAGCUUGCUCACUGCUCCUCUGAUGGCUGAAAGUACACCAGAGGACUCUCCCAUCAUCCGUUGUCGGCCACGAAACCUGUUUCGCUCGCCUUCCAUGCCCAGUCCGAUGUCCCGGCCCUCAGUGAAGCGUCCCGACUGCCCUGCUGAUGAAAACACUCCUGUGAGGGUAAAGAGACGGCGGAGCGUUGGAGGGACACCCGUCAACAGCCUGGAGCAAAACUCUGAAUCUCCAAGAAUGAGUUGUUUGCUGCUCCAGAGAUCCAAGUCUUUCUGUCACACUGAGAUUGAAAAGCUGCUGGACAAGGCGUCCACCUCUAACGAGCUAAUAGGAGACUUCACCAAGCCUUUUAUUCUACCAACUGUGGAGGGAAAACAUCAAGACCUCAAGUACAUCACCUCAGAGAUGAUGGUGAAGGCUCUGUCCGGCCAAUUUGACCACCUGGUGGAUCAGAUCAUCAUCAUAGACUGCCGCUACCCCUACGAGUUUGAAGGUGGACACAUCAAAGGGGCUCUGAAUCUGCACCAAGAAGACCAAGUUGAAGAUUUCCUCCUCAAGACCCCCAUCGUCCCAUCCAGCCCAGAGAAGAGAGUCGUCAUCGUCUUCCACUGCGAGUUCUCGUCGGAGCGCGGCCCUCGGAUGUGCCGCUUCGUUAGGGAACGAGACCGCGCCCUGAACGAGUAUCCCAAACUCCACUACCCUGAACUUUACAUCCUCAAGGGGGGAUACAAGGACUUCUUCCCUUUUUUCCAGACGCAGUGUGAACCUCAGUCCUACCGGCCGAUGCACCACGAAGACUUUAAGGAGGAUCUGAGGAAAUUCCGCCAGAAAAGUCGUACCUGGGCCGGGGAGCGCAGCAAGCGAGACAUGUACAGCAGAUUAAAGAAGCCGUGAUCGUCCUCCCACCCCUGCCUUCCCCACAAACAGACAGAGCCCAUCAAUUAGAAACGCCUUUUGGGAUUUGACCAGCAGAAAAAGGACUUUUUCAUAAAUCCUCCACAUUUUAUCAUUUAUAUUUAUGCAAAUUUCCACAUGGGAAGACUUGCAGGGAACAAAUCCUCCUACUCAAAUGAAUGCCGAGUUUCUACAAGUGUUUUUGUUUUUAAGAAAACCACUUGGACCUAUUGCCCAUUUAUAGUGUGUGUCUUUUUAUUUUAUUUUUUUACUUUUUUUUUUAUCUGUCUUUUCUGGAAGCACAAAUAAGUGACAGAUUGCAAUAAUACAACUGAACUAAAUGCUAAAUCUGAAUUUUGUCUUUAAUUUACAUUUUAUUUAAGCACUUACUCUUAACACAACAAGGUGCUUUUUCUUUUUUAUACUCCUUUUUAAUAUAUAUUUUUCUCAUAGCUUGGCCCUGAAUUAGACAUUAUCAUUGUAAUACUUUGUCCAGAAUUUCCAAAAAAAAAAAAAGCAAACAAAAAGCUAAUUGGAUAUUUGAAUUUCAUAUAAAAAGAUGAAGUCAGACCUUUUCUUUUCCCUUCUUACUGAUCGGUUGCAGAACUUCUAAGUGAAAUACCAAAGCAAGCCUGGUUGCAGUUUUAUUCCUUAUGCUGCAGGUCGGCGAGAGCGGAAAAUAUUUUUUCAAUAUUUCAUCUUUUUCUUUUUUUGUUUUUUGCUUUUGACUCCUUAAUUUUCAAAGAGAUAAUGUCUUGCUCUGUGUCUGAACCUUUGAUUUUGGUGGCCUCAGUAUUUCGGUAUGGGUUUGUGAGGGAGCAGCUGAAAUAAAUAUCCAAUGUGCAUUCAGGUGGCUGCUUUUGUAGCCUUUUUCUAAAGAAAAAUGUAGAAGUGUUAAAAGUUCUGAUUCAAAGGUGACAUGCAAGUGAUUAUGGCUUAAAAAUUAAAAACCACUCUUUUACACCAAA